AUGACCAUUAGCGAAGCUCUGCAAUAUGAACUGAGAGGGUUUUCGGAAAUAGGACAAUGCUUUCGAAACUCCGUACUCCCAAAAUCGAAGGCCAUCAGCAUGGCCACCGCGACCACGAAAGCGCCCCCGCUCACAACACCUUUUGUCUUCCCGAAAAACUGUUACAUGAGCGAAGUGGUUGCUUUUUCGGCUAUCGGUGACAAUGUUUCUCGAAAUGCGUCGGUCGAAUAUGCGCUCUACGCGAACCCCGAUAGAUCAGCCUUCGCCGUUUGCCAACCGUCCGGCUGGAAGGGCGACGGCACGUCGAGCACAUUCGCCUUCAGCCCCGCAGUCUGCCCCAAAUCAUGGGUCAUGUAUCACAUGACUAUGCAUAAGCAGGUGAUAGAGGGGACGUCGACGAAAACGGUUACUACUGGAUAUUGCUGCAGUGGCCGAGAGAAAAUCUACCCAUCUGGGGUCCCGGGUCUAGGCAUUGACUACUACUCUUCGAACCCGGUUUGUCUCCAGUCAUUCGCUAGCUGGCAAGAUGUGACCUUGACCGGCCGGUUGGGUGGAACAGGAGCUGAAGUGACUUUCACAACGGGAACAGCGGUGCAGCCAGCGUGGCGCGUUGCAUGGGAGGAAUCGGAUCGGCCCACAUUGACGCCUGCACCGCCGUCGCUUAAAACUGGUCAGUCAGUGUUGGAUUGGUUUCCUGGUGAGCCUCUCUCCACAUCCGGGUCCGGCAAAAUCUGCACUAGUCGUGAUACCUGUGACCGCAACGACGGUGCCGCACUUGGAGGCAUUCUUUGGGCUAUCGUUGUGCCGGUAGUCGUUGUUAUUGCGUUGAUUUUGGCUGUAUGGAUUUGGUGCGUGGUGCACAGGAGCAAAAAGAGAAAGAGGGAGGCUGCUUUACGUAGCCAGGGAGAGACCGGGAUGGAAUUGAAGCCGCAAUGA